AUGGUGCAGCAAAAGGCAGUGAUCGUAAGGAACGCCAUAAAGCGUUAUGGAAAAAAUUUGGUGUUCGAUGGCCUGAAUAUGACUGUUUCAAGAGGUUCCAUCUAUGGUCUAUUAGGUGCCAGCGGAUGUGGAAAAACCACACUGUUGUCUUGCGUAGUCGGAAUUCGAUAUUUCGACAGUGGAGAAGUAUGGGUUUUAGGAGGAAAUCCGGGCAGCAAGGGUUCCGGUAUUCCUGGGCCUCAAGUAGGUUAUAUGCCUCAGGAGAUCUCCUUAGUCGGAGAAUUCACUACGAGUGGUGCUCUAUAUUAUUUCGGCAGAAUCAACGGACUCGGUGAUAAGGAGAUUGAGACGAGACAGAGGUUCUUCUCGGAGUUGUUGCAACUACCCCCAGCAAAUCGUCUAGUAAAAAACAUGAGUGGAGGUCAACAGAGAAGAGUUUCUCUUGCCGCUGCGAUGAUUCAUAAACCUGAACUUCUAAUCCUGGACGAACCCACUGUGGGUUUGGAUCCAAUUUUGAGAGAAAACAUUUGGGCUUAUAUGAUCCAGAUUACGCAGGAGGAAGAUAUCACCGUGCUGAUUACAACUCAUUACAUCGAAGAAACUAAAGAUGCUAAUAAAAUCGGUUUGAUGAGAUGUGGUAAAAUGUUGGCGGAAUUAGCACCACAGAAAUUACUGGAACAAUUUCAAUGUUCGUCCUUGGAAGAAACUUUUCUGAAACUGUGCAAAGCACAGGACAAUACAGUUUCUUUAAAUGACGUUCAGGAAUCCAAAGUAGAAGAUACUGGCAGUGACGUUUCGUAUCAAAACCAAUAUGAACAAGCAAAAGCAACCUUGGAGUACAAAUCGGUUUCAAAACGUCAAGUUUCGCGAUUCAAAAGAUUCACAGCUCUAUUAGCGAAAAACGGCAACCAAUUUUUACGUUUUUAUGGAGGAUUAGUUUAUGCAAUAUUAUUUCCGAUAAUUCAAAUUUCCGUAUUUAUUAUUGCAAUUGGUAAAGAUCCGAAAGGAUUGAAAAUUGGAGUUGUCAAUAAUGAAGCUGGUAACUGCGAUUAUGGCAGCAACUGUGGUAAUGUUUGGAAUGACGAAAUUACCUGUCACUUUAAUAACCUGAGUUGUAGGUUCUUGCAUGAUUUUAGUGACUCCAUUGCAACACAGGAGUAUUACGACGAUAUUUAUGAGGCGAAUUAUGCCAUACAAAAUGGGAAACUCAAUGGUUUGAUGUAUUUUAGUCAAAACUUUUCUGAAUCUCUUCAAAUACGAAUGGAAGAUGCCACUAUGGCAAAGGAUUCCGAUCUUCUUGCUAGUCAAAUUCAAGUUUUUUUAGAUAUGGGUGAUAUGCAAAUUGGACUUCAUCUACAGAAAAAGUUAUUCUAUCGUUUCUUAGAAAUUUAUGAGGACAUUAUGAGAGACUGCAAAUAUUCGCCAAAAUUGGCCGAUCCACCCAUUCGAUUCAAAAAACCCGUUUAUGGUUCGAUAGAUCUCAAUUAUGCAGAUUUUUUAGCACCAUCAUACAUGUUAAUACUUAUCUUUUGUUUAGCAAGUUCAGUCUCUACCUCCGUGAUAAUUACAGAUCGACUAGAGGGUGUUUGGAAUCGAAGUAUAGUCCAAGGGGUCAGAACAAAUGAAAUCCUAUUGUCUCACAUUAUUAUUCAGAGCAUUAUCAUAGUCGUUCAUACCACCAUGAUAAUGCUCUUAUACUUUUCUAUAUGGGGAUUGGAAAGUAAAGGAUCGAUAUUUGAUGUAAUAAUCCUUACAUUUCUCAUGGGUUUUUGCGGUUUGAUGUAUGGUUUCGUUAUUUCUAUUAUGUGGACAAAUUACACGAUGGCGCAUUACAGCUCGACUGGAAGCUUUCUCGCGCUAAUAUUACUUAGUGGAUGUAUUUGGCCAAUAGAGGGAACGCCAAAAGUGCUUCGUUGGAUUAGCUAUAUGUUGCCAACUACCUUGCCUUCUAUAUCUAUGAGAGGAAUCAUCUACAAAGGCUAUUCUGUAUCUGAAGAGCAAGUUUAUAUUGGUUUCAUAAUAGUUAUAGGAUGGACAUUGUUUUUCUUUAUCGUAGCUAUACUUGGUAUAAGAUGGAAAUCUUCGUAA